AUGGCCAAGCUCACUUUGCUCACCAGUCUGGCCCUGCUGCUGAAUGCCCAGGCAGGCACUGCCUAUGUGCUGUCAUGUUACUUCACCAACUGGGCCCAGUAUAGGCCUGGCUUGGGAAGAUUCCUGCCUGACAACAUCGACCCAUUCCUGUGUGACCAUCUGAUCUAUGCCUUUGCUGGGAUGUCCAACAAUGAGAUCACAACUUCCGAAUGGAACGACAACACCCUUUACCAGUCCUUCAAUGGCUUGAAGAACCGGAACACAAAUCUGAAGACCCUCUUGGCAAUUGGAGGAUGGAAUUUUGGAACAGCCCAGUUCUCCACAAUGGUUUCCACACCUGAGAACCGCCAGACGUUCAUCAAUUCCGUCAUCAAAUUCCUGCGCCAGAAUCAAUUUGAUGGGCUGGACAUUGAUUGGGAAUACCCUGGCUCCAGAGGCAGCCCAGCCCAGGACAAGACUCUCUUUACCGUCCUGGUUAAGGAAAUGGUGGCAGCCUUUGAGCAGGAAGCCCAACAGGUCAACAAGCCCCGUCUCAUGGUCACCGCAGCCGUUGCCGCAGGACUUUCCAACAUCCAGGCUGGCUACCAGAUUCCUGAGCUUGGGAAGUACUUGGACUACAUCCAUGUGAUGACUUAUGAUUUCUAUACCUCUGGGGAUGGACAAACUGGGGAGAACAGCCCUCUCUACGGUGAUGGUAACACCUACUUCAGUGUUGAAUAUGCUAUGAACUAUUGGAAGAACAGUGGUGCUCCAGCUGAGAAGCUCCUUGUUGGAUUCCCAACCUAUGGACAUACCUUCAACCUCCAAAGCCCAUCCAACACUGCUAUUGGGGCACCAACAUCAGGACCUGGGCCAGCUGGACCUUACACAAGGCAGGCUGGGUUUUUGGCUUACUACGAGAUCUGCACAUUCCUGAAGUCUGGAGCCACCCAGGCUUGGGAUGCCCCCCAGGAUGUGCCCUAUGCCUACAGCGGCAGCGAGUGGGUUGGCUAUGACAACAUCAAGAGCUUCAACAUCAAGGUUGACUGGUUGAAGAAGAACAAUUUUGGAGGCGCUAUGGUUUGGGCCCUUGAUCUGGAUGACUUCACUGGCUCUUUCUGCCAGCAGGGCAAAUACCCCCUGAUCACCACCCUGAAGAACAGCCUUGGUCUGCAGAAUGGCAACUCUGCGUCUGCAUCUCAGCCCAGUGCUCCUGCCGCUGAGCCCCCCUCUAACGCAGGUGGAAGUGAGAGCGGGGGCUCUAGUGUUAGUAACUUCUGUGCUGGCAAGGCCAAUGGCCUCUAUGCAGAUCCAACCAGCCAGAGAAGCUUCUACAACUGCCUGAAUGGAGAAACCUAUGUGCAGAGCUGCCAGAGCAAUCUCGUCUUUGAUACCAGCUGCUCCUGCUGCAACUGGCCAUGA